UUCCAUCUAUAUUGAUUUGUAAGACUUUAUUGUCCGAAAAAAGCUUAACUAACUAUACAUAGAAAUGCUAGCAAGCCUUCAGUUGGUCGUCGUAAAACGUAACGUGGAUGACCGUCAUGAUCGUCUCAAAAAUACACACGCGUUGGAUGACAGAUCGGAGGCACCACACUGUAUAUAACUGAUCUGUCAUCGACACAAAGAAAUAUUUUUUCAAAAUCAAUGUAUGUUUAAAAUCUAGAACAAUGAAAUUGGUCUAAAAAAAUUAUCUUUACAUAUACCUCCCGCAUAAUAUAAUUUUCUGGUUUUAUGAGUUGGAUUGAUAAUGGACGUCACGCUGGACGAUAGGUUAGGCGCUCUUCAACAAAUAAGUCAAAGAAAAUUGGUUGACAUACUCGAUUCAAUAGUUGGCAAAAAGGAUUUAGUGAUAGAACAAAAACUCUUUAAGAUAUUGGAAUCGUUUAUCGGUGCAACCGUUCUCAAGCAACACGGAGUUGACAAAAUCUUCAAAUUUGAAGCAGGCCUCAAACCGUCUAAUACUCAAAGAAUAUUCCUCGUAUCUGGGGAUCUUAUCGCAUGUAAAAGAGUCUUGGAUCAGAUACAAUCGGAACUAAUGCAGGCUCAUGGCCUUGCGUUUCAUGUUUUGGUUGCCCCACAUGUUCCUGCUGUUGUUCGUUCCUUGGUUGAAGAAGAAGGCUUAGCAGAAUUAGUGACUUUGUAUUCUCUAUCAUGGGAGUUCAUCCAGCUCGAUGGAAAUGUUCUCUCACUGGAAUAUCCGAUGUUUGCCAACUUGUACUAUCACAAAGACACAGGCCUAUUGCCAGCAAUGGCGCGUUGUUUGUGGUCAAUGCAAUUAGUACUUGGUGCGCCAAGAUUGACUUUAUCCUUUGGCAAGCAUAGUGAAAAUAUUUUGAAGAUGAUUGAAUCAAUGAGAGAAAGUUCAAGGAUAACGAGAUACGACAAAGAGAUUGGCUGUUUGGUGUUAAUGGAUCGAAAUUAUGAUCUUGUAUCGACCUUCCUCACACCAGUGUCUUAUGUAGGAUUAGUCAGCGAAGUUUUGCCACUGAGCGUUGGAACAGCUACACUGGAUAGUUCGAAGAUCAAACUAGAUCCAAAGAAAGAUCGGGUUUAUGGAGACGUCAGAGAUAUUCAUUUCAGCGAUGUGUUCCCAAAGCUCCGUGCCAUGGCAAAAUCUCUAAAAUCCGAACAGGAGUCAACCCAGACGAUGGAACUGGCUGACAUGACCCAUUACGUCUCCACGAGAUUGCACGAAAUGGUGGAGGUCAAGGCACAACUAGCUUCACACAUUUCCGCGUGUGAGGCAAUUGUUGGUGCUCUGGGUUCUGAUUUCGAAGCUCUGCAAUUCACCGAAAAAUCCAUUCUCGAUUGCGCCAGGAGAAAGGAGUGCUUGGAUUAUAUCGAGAAGAAUAUAGACGAUCAUCCGAUGCGCAGUCUUCGUCUUCUCUGUUUGCUUAGUCAAACGAGCGACGGCGUUACCCAAAGCGAGUGGCAACCAAUACAAAAAUCUCAUCUUCACGCUCACGGGUAUCGCCACAUUCCUCUCAUUCACAAACUUGAGACAUCGGGAUUGUUGCGUCGUCGGAGGUCGAUGCUUCGGAAUAAAUUGCCGAAUUGGAAUAGCGAGUGGACGACCAAUGCUCAACGUCUCAAACUUUUGCCAGGACAAUCAAAGCGUACGGAUUCAAAAACGAGUGGAACUGCUUGCCCGAGCUACGUCUUUAGUUCGAACUAUAUUCCAGCAAUCGCUCAGUUUUUGAACAUCAUACUUAAUCAAACAACGGAUCCGAGAAGUUUCGAGGAUUUAAUUAACUUGCCAGGUUGUUUGACAAUCGGUUCUCGUGGUCAUGUUCAACCCAAGACCGUCGUAAUGUGCAUCAUCGGUGGGAUUACAUUCGCAGAAAUAUCAGCGUGUCGUCUCAUCGAGAGAUCUACGGGUAUCCGUCUUGUACUCAUAUCCGAUACAAUUUUAACUGGCAACAAAUUGAUUGAGAGUAUUCAAGACUCGUAAAGAAAGGACAAGAAAUCUCUUUUGUAUACACAUAAAGAAAAAAAAAGUCUUUUUUUCCACAAUUUUUCGUACGUUAUUGACUGUAAGAUUGUACAGUAGUUACUCGACGAUUGUAUCAAUACUUGUAUUGUAUUAAAUAUAUUAUUCCAGUA